AUGCCUUCGGAUCACGGUCACAGACUAUAUGUCAAGGGUCGGCACCUGAGCUACCAGCGGGGAAAGCGAGCCACCAACCCCAACACAAGUCUUAUCAAACUUGAGGGAGUUGAAGAUAUCAAAGCCGCCAACUUCUAUCUCGGAAAGAAAGUAGCAUUCGUCUACCGGGCCAAGCGUGAGGUUCAGGGUUCUAAAAUCAGAGUCAUCUGGGGCAAGGUCACACGGACUCACGGGCAACUCGGGCGUUGUCCGUGCGCAAUUCAGACACAAUUCUUCUCUCAAAGUCCUUCGGUGCCAGUGUGCGAGUGA